AUGUCUUCAUUUGUUAACCGUUUUGGAAGCGAAAUAAGGGAUGAAUUUAAUAGAUCCAAGAACACUUUGGGAAUCCCAUAUGAAGAGAUAGUAUCAGCUACCAACAACUUUGCGGUCGAAAAUCAAUUAGCAGCCGGCUCCUCCUCUUCCGGAAAGUGGUACAGGGCACAACUACCAGUAGCCUUGCUGGAAUCCGAAGAGAAAACGAUGAUCGAUAUUCUAGUAAGGGAGUUGAAAGUGACAGAGGAUGCUUAUACAGAGAUGGCGAUAGCAUACUAUCUCAAACAUGAAAAUAUCGGUUCCCUCUUAUAUUGGACUGCUGACACAGUUAAUGUAUUCUUUGUAUAUAAGAUUGAGGCCAAUGGUAGUCUGGACGAACAUCUUCAUUCAACGGCCGGCCUCACAUGGACGCAGAGACUCAGCAUAUGUAUUGGUGUCGGACGAGCAUUGAAAUACAUUCAUGAUUCUGACUUCGUGCAACCCGGCUAUUAUGUCAUACAUGGCAACAUCAAGAGCUCACUAAUCUCACUAGAUGACAGCUGGCAGCCCAAGUUACAAGGCUUCGAAUUACCUGAUGCCACGGUAGCCCAAAGAAAUACUCUUCACCUUACUGGUAAAUAUAAGGGGACCUUACAAUAUAAGGACCCGGCAUAUGAAAAAAGCGGAGCUUUGACGGCCAAGUCAGACGUGUUCUCCUUCGGAGUUGUUUUAUUUGAAGUCUUGUUUGGGAGGAGUGCGUCUACUCCUCCAAACGGUGAUCCGCAAGCCGAUGAUGAUUGGAAUUUUGCUGAGUUCGCCAGAUCCCGUUGGAAGAAAUAA